AUGACUUCUACUGAAGAAUACAAGACACUUGCUGCCAAUGCAUGCGCUCGAAGAGAUGCAUCAAUGGCUGAUAUUGAAAAAUAUUUUCCGCUUCCUGAAGGAUUUGAAUCCAAGCACCUCGCCCCUCUUCCCGACCCUCUCCCUUUGAAUGUUACUGGUAUUGCCAAGGAGUAUCUCAACCCUUUCGAUUACGAGAUCACUAGUGCCGAUCCUAUCAAGCUCCUAGCUGAUAUUGCCUCAAAGAAGUAUACAGCAGUGCAGGUUGCUGCUGCCUACUUGCGUUGUGCUGUGCUAGCACAAAGAACUGUCAACUGUGUCACUGAAUUUCUCCCAGACAUGGCUUUGGCACUGGCUACCAAGUGUGACAAAUACUUGGAAGAGACUGGAAAGACUUUGGGUCCUAUGCACGGACUUCCUGUAUCUCUCAAAGAUAUGAUUUGCUUAAAGGGCUAUCCCCAAGGAUUUUCGACAUGUGCCCUUACUACCUUUAUUACGGACUAUGACUCGUUGAUUGUUACCAACUUAAGAGAUGCUGGUGCCGUAUUUUAUCAAAGAACUACUCAGCCACAAUCACUUAUGCAUUUGGAAUGUGAAAGUGUUGUUUUUGGAAGAACAGUCAAUCCUUAUAAUCGCAAUUUGACUUCUGGAGGUUCCUCUGGAGGCGAGGGUGCGGCUCUUGGCUUUGGAUCUUCAUGCAUUGGCUUAGGCACUGAUAUUGGUGGAUCAAUUAGAAACCCCGCAGCCAUGAAUGGCGUUUUCGGAAUAAAGUUGACUGCCAAUCGUCUUCCUGUCGGUGAUACAUUUUUUAUUAAUGGAGGGUCUGAAGCAAUUGCUGGUGCUGUAGGUCCAAUGGGCCGCACCAUUGAAAUUUGCGAACUUCUCACCAAGGUCGUUUGUGAUGCUGAACCAUGGAAGAUCAGCCGCGAGCUUGCUGCAGCUCCUUGGAAUUCCGAUAUUCUCAAAGACAAGAAAAAACUUACUAUUGGUGUCAAUUACACUGAUGGCGUUGUUACUCCUCAACCUCCAGUGCAACGCGCAUUGAAAGAGGCUGUUGAGAAGCUCAAGGCAGUCAGUUCAAUUGAUGGAAUUGAAAUCGAAGUCGUUGAUUAUGCUCCAUUCAAGCAGGAAUUAGGUUGGGAAGUCAUUACUUCGCUUUACUUUGAAGAUGGUGCUGAGGUUGAGCUUGAGACUUUUGCUAAGGUAGGUGAGCCUGUCCUUCCUCUUACUGAGUGGAUCAUAAAAAAAGCCAACCCCAAUGUGAAGCAUUUAACUAUUCCUGAGCUUUGGGAACGCAACAAGUCCAAGUAUAAGUACAGAUACGACUAUAACCAACACUUCCUUAAGUCAGGUGUUGAUGUUAUUUUGGCUCCAGCCUACUUUGGUAGUGCUCAGCCAUGGAGUACUGCAGAAAGCCUUAACAGUACUUGGUGGGGCUAUACCUCCAUUUUUAAUGUUACGGACAUGCCAGCUUGCACUUUUGGAGUUACUACUGUUGAUCCCGAAAAGGAUAAGCCUAUUGAAGGAUAUACUCCUUUAAACGAGACUGACAAGAGUAUUUAUGAAAGAUACAAGCCAGAAAUUUAUAAGGAUGCCCCCGUGGCUCUGCAGAUUGCAGCACCCAGAUCUGAAGACGAGCUUGCCUUUUAUGCUACUAAACUCAUUAGCAAGUUUUUGAAAGCCUAG